CUUUUUGGGAGAUGUCAAAAGUUGAUUAAACAAGCAAUUGCUGUCGUUGGGUCAAGGAGUUCAAUUGACAAAGUCUUGAUGGUUGGUGGGUCUUGUAAGUGUCCAGCCGUUAAGAAGUUGUUAGUCGACUACUUUGGGAUGUCGAAAGUUGACACACAAAACGUGGACUAUGAAUUGAUUGUAUGUCGUGGGUGUACGGAGUGUGCAAAUGCAGUCGAGUCCGGCUUAUUUUCUUUGGCUGGCGAUGAGCUGUUAGCAAAAAACAUUGGUCUUGAAAUGAAAGACCCUCUGACUAACAAAAUGAAGAUAUUUAACAUGUUAAAAGCAGGAAGUCCUAUACCCUGUAAAUACAAAGAAACCUUUGUAACAACGUCAGACUAUCAAACCACUUUACUUCUUCAAAUCUAUGAAGAUCAGAAAAAGUUGAAUGAUUUCAAAGUCACCCAUUUACCUACAAUGCUAGCUGGCUAUGUUGAAGUGGAGGUUGUAUUUAGUAUUGAAAGCGAUGGAAGACUUAUGGUCAGAGCAAAAGUCGCAAAGCCAAGACAAAGUACAACAGAAGCAAAUGUAUCUUGUCCUGUCGAGCACAAAAGCAUUACUGAUGACGAGUUAAAGAAGAAAGGGAAAAUACUCUUGGAUAUUUUCAAUGGAAAAAUUUAG